GAAUUACAGAGCUCAGGAAGAGAACGCUUUGUGCUAGAACAUGCUGCUCCAUUCUCUGCUUUUUUGACGGACAGCUUUGGGCGGCAGCACAAUUACUUGCGGAUUUCGUUGACUGAGAAAUGCAACCUCAGGUGUCAGUACUGUAUGCCUGAGGAAGGUGUUCAGCUGACUCCGAAAUCAGAGCUCCUAACUGCCCAGGAGAUAAUCACCUUAGCCAGGCUGUUUGUGAAAGAAGGUGUGGACAAGAUCCGACUGACAGGUGGAGAGCCACUUAUCCGUCCCGAUGUGGUGGAUAUUGUGGGUGAGCUGCACAAGCUGGAAGGGCUGAAAACCAUUGCUGUCACAACCAAUGGGAUCAACUUAACCAGACUGCUGCCCCAACUGAAGGAAGCAGGACUAAAUGCCAUUAACAUUAGCCUGGAUACUUUAGUGCCAGCUAAAUUUGAGUUCAUUGUCCGAAGGAAAGGCUUUCACAAGGUAAUGGAAGGAAUCCACAAAGCCACUGAACUUGGCUACCAUCCUGUUAAGGUAAACUGUGUGGUGAUGCGAGGCUUUAAUGAGGAUGAAGUGCUGGACUUUGUGGAUUUCACAAAGGAUCUGCCCCUUGACGUGCGGUUCAUAGAAUACAUGCCCUUUGAUGGCAAUAAAUGGAACUUCAAGAAGAUGGUGAGCUACAAAGAAAUGCUUGAUACAAUUAAACAACGAUGGCCAGAAUUGGAGAAAUUACCCUGUGAGACUUCCAGCACAGCCAAGAGUUACAAAGUUCCACAUUUCCAGGGACAAAUCAGCUUUAUCACCUCCAUGUCAGAGCACUUCUGUGGAUCCUGCAAUCGGCUGAGGAUAACAGCAGAUGGGAACCUAAAGGUGUGCCUUUUUGGGAAUUCAGAAGUUUCCUUGAGGGAUCACCUACGGUCAGGUGCUUCAGAUGAGGAGUUGAUUCAAAUCAUUGGAGCAGCAGUGGGCAGAAAAAAGAAACAGCAUGCUGGCAUGUUUAACAUUUCCCGGAUGAAAAACCGGCCAAUGGUCCUGAUUGAGCCUGCAUUGAUGUCAUUCUCACUAUGCCAAGAUGCCCUACAGAAUUCCCCACAUUCAAAACAGUGGGGCCACACAUUUAGCCAUUGGCUGAUUUUGAGAGCAAGUUUACCGAAACAAAAUGGAAAAGCAUCAAUGAAAAAUAAAUUCACACAACAAAUUUUCCUACCAGGAUCUCACCCAGAGAAACAGUGGCACAUAGCAACAGGAAUUCUACAAACCCAGCUCCGGGGCUACUGUGUCUUCCAGAAGGACCCAAGCUCCACAUUUGAUACCAAGUGCCUUGAUGCUUCUGUUGGCCAAGUUCCUGUGGAUUGUCAGUCAAAAGAGGAAUGUUCAGGAUCUGAAUUCCAUACCAGCGAUUCAGGAUCUUGCACCAGGAUACCUUGUGCCUCUGGCAACUUGACUCACACUGAUGAGGAAGGACGGGCCACAAUGGUUGAUGUUGGAGGGAAGCCAGAUUCCAGAAGAAGUGCUGUUGCUGGUGCCAUGGUCCUCCUGGGUGAGAAGGCAUUCAGGAUGGUGAAGCAAAACCAGAUGAAGAAAGGGGAUGUGCUGGCAGUCGCCCAAAUUGCAGGAAUUCAGGGAGCCAAGCUGACCAGCCAGUUGAUCCCAUUGUGUCACAACAUCCCUCUGUACCAUGUUGAGGUGUCUCUGAGCCUAGAUGAGGCCAGGCAUGCAGUGGUGAUUCGCAGCUCCUGUCACACCUGGGGAAGGACAGGUGUGGAGAUGGAAGCUCUCACAGCUGCCAGCCUGGCUGCACUGACGGUGUACGACAUGUGCAAAGCAGUCACUCACGACAUCGUCAUCCAAGAGGUGAAGUUGAUUAGUAAGACAGGUGGGCAGAGGGGAGACUUCUCAAGGGUCUAGAUAAUAUUCAGAUACCUCCAGCCCUCUAAAUGAGCACUGUUUCUGUUCAGCCUCUUACAGAAGUCCUAUUGCUCAGCUGGUGGGCUUGGAGACCUCAGCAGGUGUGUACAGUAUAGCAACCCCAUGCCUCCAGCAUUGCCGUACUCUGUCACCUCACUUCAACAGUGGAGCCAGUUUUCCCUGUUGAAAACCACGUGUAUUUUCUAGAGGACACACUUCUCUACUCUGCCAGUACCUCCAUUUCAGUGUCCUCAUGAUGAGAUUGAGAAAAGAUUCCUGCUUAUACCACAGAGCUUUUUGGUUUGGGGUUUUUUUUUUCCUUUGUGUGAAAUACACCUGCUGUCAUCACACCAUGCAACUGUGAGCUCUGGAAAUUAAGCCACUGCUGAAAGUGCUGUUAUUUGGCAACUAUUUUUAAGUCAAUGAUUAAGAUUUCAGAAUUGUGUUUGUCUGUCUUUCCCCUGACUUUCUUCCUUGAAUUUGGAGGGUGACAGUGAGAAGAACACAGCUGGGGAACUUCACCAUAGAGAUUAUAAAUACGGGACAGUCGGAGUCAGAGGGCAGCUCCCAUCCCUUUGCAGUGCUGCUUCCCUUCACAGAAUCAAAGAAUCCCAGAAUGAAUGGGUAAGGUUGGAAAGGACAACAGUGGCUCACCUGGUCCAACCUCCCUGCUCAGGCACCCAGAGCACAUAGCACAGUGUUGUGUCCAGACUGGAAUAUCUCCCUUGAGGAAGCCUCCAUAACUUCUUUCAGCAAUCUGUUUCAGUGCUGAGUCACCUGCAGAGUAAAAAAGUUCAGGUGGAACUUUUUGUGCUUCAAUUUCUGUCCAUUGUCUCUUGUCCUAUUGCUCAGCACCACCAGGAAGAGCCUGGCUCCAUAAUCUUGGCAUCUCCCCCUUAGACACUGAUAUACAUUGAGACAUCAGUCAUCUCUUCUGGAUGCUGAACAGGCCCAGCGCCCUCAGCCUUUCCUCCUAAGAGACACAUUCAAGUGGGAAAUACCAUAAUCAGUUUCAAAAGGAAAAAAAAAAAGACAGCUGUCCAGUUUUCUGCCUUGUGCCCUGCAAAACAUGAUGCAGAAAGAGAAUUUCUUCUGGGUUUGGAAGAAUUAUUUUUCUGAUCUGAAAGAUAUGUUUUACAAUGUUAGAAGCAUGUUCCAGCAUUUCGACCUUAACACUGAAAUACAUGGAUGCCUUGUUUGCAUGCUUAAGGGAUUAAUUUUGCCAUGCACAAAAGUAAGUAUUAAGCUCUCCCUGACUUUAGAAGGAGAUGUUGCACCAAGCCCUAGAAGACUCCAAAUUUUUAAUGCUACGGUGCAGCUCCUAGUAACCAGCAACCUGUGUAGUUCAGACAGAUAAAACAGACUUUAAUACUAGUGGCCACUUGGAAAGUGAAGGUAUUUACUAUUGCCUCUGCCAGAGUGUUUUCCUGCAUGUUUCUCUAAUUUGCUUUUCAUUAAGUCUUCUGGCCUUGGAGCACUUAAGUGUCCCCAUAAAUGUAGCAGUGGCCAGAGUCAUGUAGCAUUAAUUAGCCUUGGUAAUUAACUGUCCUAGAGAAGAAAUUACUCAACAUUCUUGUUAAUAUUAAUGGCUGCUUUUCAAAUGUUAGUUUAAGUGCUCUAAACAGGGUGUUACUGGUUGCUUAUGGCUAUUGUGAAGCUGCACAUUAUUCAGGGUGCUCCCUCCUUAAACACAGGGUUAAAGACACUACCAAAAAAUCAUCUUAAGCUUAAGAGGUUAAAGUACUGUGAGCACACCACACUGCCGUGCACAUCCUGCUCAUAUAAAGUACGCACAGGUCUCAGAUGAGGAGGCAAUAGGUUUUGCUACAGAUCCUUCACAAAUCUCUUACACCAGCUACAACAAAAAGCGUUCUUUCCAUUGCAGGUGGAUUGAUUUGAUUCUUUUUUUGUUAUCAUUGUAAGAUAAGGUACAGAGAGUGACAGCAGCUAUAGCUGAAAGGGAAAGAAAUCUGGAAAGCUUCAUGCCCAAAAUCCAUAACUAUUUGUACAUUAAUUAUGUAGUUUAGGAAUGGUAUUCCCCAAUUUAGUGUUCCAUGUUCGCUCACGCCCCGCUCCCAGAGGCUGCAGAGGAGAAUUUGGAGGCACAGCAGAUAAAGAUCAUGGAUUCCGGUAAGAAUUUACUGGAAACAGCAAUGGAAUAAGAAAAUGAGCAGCAACACCUUCAAUAAUAGAGAGAACAGGCACUACAUGACCGCUCCCUUACCAGAAGAGACCCCUUCUCUGGUCCCCAUAAUAACCCCCCCAUACUGUUAGCCAUGCCCUCUCUUGGAUCCUGCAAAAAUUACCCAUGUCCUGGCCAGAACCAGGACAAUCUACAUGCAUUGUUACAGUCUUGACCCCCAGUCAUCCCAGGAGUGUAGCUAGCACUGCCAUAUUGAUACCAGUAAUCCCACCCAAUCCUGCACAUAUGAGAGAUUGCAUUAAUCUGUGGAACUGCUGUGCCCAUAGCACAAAAGGUUCCUUAGCUUAUCAUGGAAACAAAGUGCCAGGAAAAGGAAGCACAUGUACAACCAGCUAAGUCUACUGACUGAUACAAGCACUUACCUCCCCACACCAUGCACAACACACCCUGCCGUCCUGGCCUACCCCAGGCUCUAACUAAUUUUGAAAAUGAAAAACAAACUUGAGGUACGCAGUAGCAAUAAAACAAUGCUUUGGGCAUAUGAUUCAAGUUUGCUGUCAUGCUGUAAAGCUCACACAAAGGACUCAGGGCCAUACCAGGGACUGCUGAGCACACGCAUGAUUACCACGCACAUCUCGCUACUUACGCACAUUUCACUACUUCCUUGGUUUGAGAGCGGCUGGAAGUACAGGGCAAACUGACUUCGGUGCCACUUUAUGCUCAUGUUACAUUAUCAAGUCUUUAAACUAUGCACAUUUAUAGGUAAUGAACCAAACAUGAGUCAACAUUUUGCGAGGGAAAUGGGUUGAGAGCACUCUUGUGUUUCUGUGGUGCUGGGUGGGCCAUGGUGUAAUAUAUGUUGAUGAUGUUGAUGACUACUUUUUGGAGGCUUGCUUUUUUUGUCCACUGUAUUUUUAAUAAAUACUAGUUGCAAUGGAGUGUGGUUUGCA